AUGAUUCAAGGUUUAUCCAAAGCCAUCACACUUUAUUUGUCCCCUGUCCUCAUGUUGACGACAAUCCUCCUCACCUUAUUCGCGUACCUUGCACCCGUGUUGAUGCUGCAUGAUCAAGUCGCACUUUUGACUGUUUCUCCAUCUACCGCACUGGUUCAGCCAGGACCUUCCAACGGCGUUGAUGGCCCCAGUCUAUUCCUCGGCCCUCUAGGCUCCUGCUCGAAGCCGAACAAUGGUGGUCAGAUCAGCUGUACAUCACCAACGAUAUCGCCUGAAUACGAUCUUUCUGCGCUCCCUGGCAAUGCCCCAAAUCUCCUGCUUUCCGCGCCCACUUCAACCACACCAGUAUUCAUGGCGUUGGCGAUAUCAUGUUCCAUCAUCUUCUUCUUCACGUCCACUUUGAUCUCCUUCCGACACAAGAUGGGUGAGAAAGUUUCCGCAUCUCUGGAUAAACCUUUGGUGCAAAGGCUUUCUGCGUGGAUUGGUUUCUUCGGUUUCCUGAUUGGCCUCACGUCGUUCCUGAUCGUUCGCAUGUGGUUCGGAAAGGCCGUCCAGGAUUUCAAUAACAGUAUCCUGGCACAGGGCGCACAAGGCCCGAAGCUAGCUGCCAGCAACGGUAAUGCUUUCACAAUGGUUUGGGUGGCUUAUGCCUUUUACGCUGUACCCCUCAUUGUUUCCCUCGCGAAGCUCAACGUGUCGGCAUCUCCUUCCAAGUAG